CGUUGAGUGACAUUUGUUGUGGGUUUUUUUUUUGGUCAGUUAAUAACAUAUCGAGUUAGAAAAUAACAGUAUUUUCUUACCAUGGCAUUGCCUCCCGAAAAAAUCUCGGAGUUGAAGCAAAUAAUCCACUCACAGCUAACACAGAUGGAUAUUCAGACCAAGAUUCGUGACAUUUUGUCUGACACUGUACGGGAGGAGUUUUCUGCUCAGCAUGGCCAUAUUAGUGAACAGGAAUUAAUGCAGAAGCUGCGUCAACGAGGGAUUGUGGACGACAUUCUGCACAGAAUACAGUUCGACACCGAAACACAGAUAAUUCCACCCGUAUCUCAUUUCCAGGACCGCGAUGAUCACGUCAGACAGAUGCCAUCGAAAAAAGCCAACAUCGACCCUACAAGACGAUACUUGUACCUCUAUGUUCAUGGAGGAAAAGCUUUUCUGGAACAUCUCCAAGACCCAGAUCCUGUUCCAGGUCAAAAAGUCAGCACAUAUUUCACUCUACAUCUCUAUUUCCGAGGUCAGCGGUUCCGGUCUCGUCCUGUUGCUUGUGCCUGUGAGCCUGAGUUUGACGAAGGAUUUUUGUUGGAACUUCACAAGGAAUCGGCAGGUGAAGCUGGCCGAAUGGCGGAUGCUGCAACUAUGCUGUCUCUCUCGGAUCCCGUUCACCUGGUUCUCAUCAAGACAGAUUGCACAGGGGAGACCACUCUUGUGUCGUCACACUUUUUUGAAUGGCGUCCAGCACUGACGGCACAGAAUGGACCGAUGAAAGUUUCUGUCGAGUUGAAAGGCACAGGUAACGAGAACAAGGUUCCCAUUGGUAUUCUAGAAGUCCAGCUUGAGCUCUUCCCGAAGCUUACCCAGAUUGUUGACGACAGUGUGGUUCGAACUCAGCUCGACCUGGAGCGUGGGCGUCAGACUGAGCAUGAGAGGUUGUAUCUUGUGUACUGCAAGCAGUGGUGGAAAGAGUACCUGCAGAUCAGAGACGCUCACAGAGAUAGGCUGGUGAAAAUCUUUGCACAGGAUGAAAAUGCAAUCAAUCGUCCAGUGUGUUCGUUUGUGAAACCUCUGAGAGCUGGUCGCCUGUUGGACACUCCACGGCAAGCCGCGCGCUUUGUCAGCUUGAUGCAUCACGAGAAGGUGGCCACGCUCGGAGGUGGGGACAAGGUGGAACAGUGGACCAACAUCCACGGCUUUCUCUGCAGAAAUAAAGGGGACUGUGAAGACCAUGCAGUGUUACUAUGCUGUCUACUGCUUGGUUUUGGUCUCGAUGCAUAUGUGUGUGUCGGUACAAAGAGUAAAGGAGCCGUACAUGCUUGGACGGCCACCAUUAGCACCGACGGCCUUGUCACGUUCUGGGAGAGCCUCAAUGGACACAGAUAUAUUCAUGACCCAGUAAACCCCAUGGACCCGCCCAUGUCGAAGCAACAGAGGCCGAGAUAUCCAUACAAGACUGUAGGCUGUGUGUUCAACCAUCGCUCCUUCUUCGCCAACAGUCAGGCAUCCGAUUCUGUUGAAGUUUGUCAGUUCGACCUCCACAAUGAAUCUCACUGGAAGUCUAUGUCUGAAGACGCUAUUGUUUCUGUGUGUGGACCAGGGGCAAGCCCCCAGUGGCCAACACCCCCUCCUCUGAGUGCCUCCACCCUAGAUACUGCCCUUGUCUGCAAUGAUUUAGAACAGCAGCUGCGAGUAAUUGUAACCGAACACAGGAGAGAUCAGGGGCUAACAACUACAUGGGAUGAUCAGUUGAGUUAUCUCCUCACACCAGCUUUGGCAGCAUAUGAAAUAGAGCGUAUAACAGGGUUGACGGCUGGGAACGAGGAGUUCCAAGACGCGGUGAGGCAGGCGGUUCCUGACGGACACACGUUCAAGGGUUACCCCAUUCAGUUCAUACAUCGCAAUGCUAGGAAGGCCUUUGCUACUUGUUUACGGUCUGAGGUGUGUGAAGAGAUAGUCAACUGCCGUGGUGAUCAUGUACGGUUGGCCGUGCGAGUUAGGAUCUUCCCGUAUCCCGAGUCAGCGUGUGCAACAUGGAUCAUGUUUGCUUGCAAAUAUAAAUCUGUCUUAUAGAUGGUUAAAUACAGUACAGUGAGUGUAAAUCUUAGUAAUUCCAAAGAGUGAAGUGUGUGAUACACACAGUGCACAGCUUCACAGCUCAAAGCAGAAAGAGGAGGAAUGAAUGCAGAACACAGAAAAUUGUAAAUCUGGUGCAUCCGGAAUUCUGGCCCCAUUGUUUCCUACCUUGGUGACUGACCGCUACAUCAGUUACAUUAAUGCAAAUUAUCAGCACAUUUGAUUUUUAUCAUUUGUGUGAAUGUAAAUGUACAAAACUGGCAUGUCCACUGAACAGAAAUACUCUGCCAAGAGUGUAGUUUGUUUAACUUUAAAUUGUGAAGCUUAAAUACUGGUCAUUAUUGUAGAUGUGUAAUUGGUCAAGACUGUGCAUUGUGAUUGGUUUAUUUUCUAAAGAUUUGAUUGGUCUAUGUGUUUUUAAGCAAGGCCUAUCAUUGGUACAUUAUGCAGUCAUUUCUGACUGGCUAGCACUGCAUUGUGCAUGCUAAUUCAUUCCCACAAGUAUUUGGUUUUUAGUGAUGGUUACUAUUAUGGUGCCUUUACAUAACUGAUGCAUUUAAACAUUAAUUUCAUGUUUAUACUAACUGGUUUUUUUUGCACCUAACAGAAGAGCAGUGCACUAGCAUCCUAUGUUAGGUCACAGGGAUGCUAGAAACAUUAGACUACCUCACAGUUUGGAUUCUACUGAGUAUCUAAAGUCUGAGCAGUCUAGUCGAGUGAUACAACAACUGAUUUUAUAUAACUCACCAUCCAGUGAGGCAGUCGUAUAAGCUUCCAACAUUAGCGGGCAAGUUAAAUGAUCUCACCACAUUCAGGUUACAAACAUCCAAUAUUAUAAACUGACUUGAAGAAAGUGACUGAUGACUCUGUAAAUUGCACGUUUUGCACAAGCCUGUUGAAAUAAUCAGCAUUGCCAACUGGAUUGGUCCAUUUUCUUAACCAUGUUUGAGCUCUGUGCCAAAGUGAAGCAUUCAAAACAGUCGAAGUUAAAAAAAACCCAAAAGAUGGGCAGUAAAAAAUAUAUAACCUUACUAAGUAAGAUGGAUAGAUGAUUGUAUGAAGAUUGCGGACACAUGGAAACAAGUGUUCAUUAGAAGUGACCGUUACUGCAGUGAUUUUUAGCAGAUGGUGAUCACUUUAACUAUAUACCAACGUCCAUAAGAAACUUUUCAAGGCUUGAAAUUAUAUUAUACAAAACCAAUAAAUGGUAUAGUGUAAUGAAGUUAAACAUCUGAUGAAGUUCAGCAUCUAAAUGUGACAAUGCACUUCGUGAUACAAGUGUGGUGUAGUGUGAUGUGAAAGUAUGAUGAAGUUCAACAUCUAAAUGUCACAACGCACUUCGUGAUACAAGUGUGGUGUAGUGUGAUGUGAAAGUAUGAUGAAGUUCAACAUCUAAACAUCACAGUGCACUUUGUGAUACAAGUGUGGUGUAGUGGGAUGUGAAAGUAUGAUGAAGUUCAACAUCUAAAUGUCACAACGCACUUCAUGAUACAAGUGUGGUGUAGUGUGAUGUGAAAGUAUGAUGAAGUUCAACAUCUAAACAUCACAGUGCACUUUGUGAUACAAGUGUGGUGUAGUGUGAUGUGAAAGUAUGAUGAAGUUCAACAUCUAAAUGUCACAACGCACUUCAUGAUACAAGUGUGGUGUAGUGUGAUGUGAAAGUAUGAUGAAGUUCAACAUCUAAACAUCACAGUGCACUUUGUGAUACAAGUGUGGUGUAGUGGGAUGUGAAAGUAUGAUGAAGUUCAACAGCUAAACGUCGCAACGCACUUCGUGAUACAAGUGUUUUAUUUGAUGGUUUCUAAAUGGGUUCUUUUCGAUUAGCAACAAUAUUUGUAAAAUAAUUCAAAGUUUAUGUAUAUAAAGUUUCUUUUGGGUCUCUUUAUAUAAACCUCACUGCACUCGGUAUCUACUUUCCACAGACAGCCUCCUAGUUUAAAGAGAAUCACUUAAAUAACCUUGGGAGACUAAAUAUUUACGCCAUCUGGCUUGAUCCAUCUUUGACAAUACAAGAGCGACAGUGAAGAAAUGGUUUGCACCAACCGGAUUGGUAAAAUUUCUCCAUCUUACUCAUAAUGCAAGUGUAAACAUUGUGCCAAAAUGAAGAAACAAAAAGUGAUCAAAGAGAGAUUCUGACAAAUUGUGAUGACAUCUGAGUAGUGCUUGUUUUUAGAUUUUUUUUUUAUUAUUAUUGUUGUGCUCAAAAAUAUGAAAUAUUAUUUGUCACUUUGUGAUGUGGACUAUAUUUUUGUAUGCUUUAAUUUCAUAAUUGUGAUAAAACCAUUGUUAACUAACUUUGGUAAAUAGAUAUAAAAUGUAGACAUAGUUGUCAAAUAGAUGUACAGUACACAAGUUACGACAUAUAUUUACUCGCACAUCGUUUGUGCUGGGAGUACUUGUACGCUGUUCUGUUCUACCAGUUAGUUGCACAAACAUUUUAUUUGAAAGGGCAUCAAAAUAUGUUUUAGUUGAAUAUUCAGAAGACUUUUUAUUUUGUUAGCCUGGUUUAUUUUUAUCCGACAUUCAUGACUUGCUUUAAUUCAUCAUGUAGAAUGAUUUUGUUUUAUUUGUGGCAUAUCGAAUAUGUGGAAAUGUUAUUUUGUUUCAUUAGCAUCUCAAACAUGCCAUGACGUUUUAAAGGCAGUCUUCAUAUUCAUAUAUAUAUAUGUUAAAAAAUGAAGAAGAUAUUAUACUUUUGUCUUUGUCUCUAUGUGUGUGUGUGUGUGUGUGUGUGUGUUGGGUAUUGGUAUUGGGAAUUAAAAAGGAUUCAUUGUGUAUAAGAUAUUGUAUGGACAUUGCGAAAUAUACUUGGGCAUUAUGUUAGUUUCUAUUUCCUCUUCCAUUUAUUUUUUUUUAAUUUAAAAAAUUAAAUAUUCCUCUUCCAUGCACUUAUAUGCAAAAUUUUGUGAAAAGGAAAAAAAUCCCCUGCUUGCUUGCUUUUUCUCUCUGUGUGGGAAUGAGUGUGGUACAAGUACAUACGGCACAGGCCAUGGAGUGUACUGUGUUGUCUUUGGAAAAGUGCUUGCAUACAAUCCUUUGAAGAUUUGUUUUCUGUGCACGGAAAUGUGCAUUUCCAUAUCUGUUUCCACAAGUGGAUUACUGUACAAAAUCUGACAUUGUUAAAAGUAUUUGUGUUUCCACAAGUGGAUUAUUGUACAGAAUCUGACAAUGUCAAAGUAUCUGUGUUUCCACAAGUGGAUUACUGUACAGAAUCUGACAUUGUCAAAGUAUCUGUGUUUCCACACGUGGAUUACUGUACAGAAUCUGACAUUGUCAAAGUAUCUGUGUUUCCACAAGUGGAUUACUGUACAAAAUCUGACAUUGUCAAAGUAUCUGUGUUUCCACACACACAAGUAGUAUCAGUAGGAGAACAGUGAUUUGAAUGAAUAACAAAAUAUCAGUCCAUUUAUGAAGGAAUAAUAAUGGGAAUUGUAACAUUUAUAUUUAAAAUGUGUUACGGUUAAACCUAGGAGUUACUAUGCCCUUAAUUUAUGGUAACUGGUCUACUAGACACUGCUUAGUUUAGUGCCUCUUUGGGCGUCUUUCUUGACCAAGUGUGGAAUAACCGACGUAAAACAUAUAUUAGACACCAAAUAGCCAGUUUAAAAUUUGCUCAGGUGUUGUACACAAAAGGAUACUCACCGAGUGUCUUGUGACAUCAUAAUUUAUCAGUACGAGUUGAUAAAAGUAUAAAAUCCGAGGCUUGACAGUGAUGUGCCGUCACUAAUGAUAGGUUUAGCACUGAAACAUACAUGGUGAUGUAACAAAAGAAGCGACAUCUCCUUGGAGAAUAUUGCAGGAGAUAUCCCAGAUUAUAGUGCCUUUUUAAUGGAGGAUAAAAAUACUUUUCCUUUUUCGUUAUUCACACUGUAAGAAGAUAAAAAUAUUAAAACAAUUUUUAGCUCACCUGGUCCAAAGGGCCAUAAGACAUAAUGCUACAUACCAUACAUGCAUGCAUGGCGGCAUCCAUCAACUUUUCACAUUUUUUACUUCUCCACUUCCAUCUGGCAGGUUUCAACCACACUUGGUCCAAAAGAUCCUCUCAGAGCCCUGACCAAGUGUUAUUUUUCGGACAGAUUCAAAAUCACAGAUGGCCACCCUGGCCUCUCACAUUUUCCACUUCUUCUCAAGUUCCACAAUGCAGAUUUCAACCAGAUGUCUUCCAAAUUAUCCUCUCAUGGCCAUAACCAAGUAUUGAUAAUUUUCGGGCCCGUUCAAAAUCCAAGAUGGCUGACUUCGUCUCUGAUUACAUAUUUUUAUUCACCAGUUUAUGAAAGUGUAGGAAUACAUGCUCAUUUUUUAUAUAUAUUUACUGUUUAAUAUUGUUAAUAAAUUAUGUGGCAGCAUAUCUUGAUUUUGGUUUUUUUUUUCCCCCGUGUAAUAGAAAAAUCUUAUAGAUAACUAGUUUUCUUUCUUUUUACCAGUUUUUCUAAAACAAAACAAAUAUUUCAUUUUAUUCACUUUUGUUUACACCCAAUUCUGAAGCAAAAAUGUUUUAAAGUCGGUGUAAGUAUAGUGUUAUUUUUGUAUACAUUAUUUUUUAUCAAUAAAAUGAGCAUUCCAUAGUUUAGUCUUUUGUGAGCAUCACAUUCUUUAACCCGACAUCAGAAUUGGUUUAUUGUAUUUAUUAUCCCAUAUUAUAGACAUGAUGGGAGGAAUAUGUUAUAAAUAUUUUCUUCCGGAUAUUAGAUUACACACAUUGGUGGUGUGAUUUUCUUUAAGUUUUAGAGUUUAUGCAUAUUUCUGAUAUCUGAAUCAUGCUUGUUGUACUUUUAUACAUGUGUGCAUGUUGACUGUUCUUUUUAAAACAAAUAAUUUUUUUUGUAAUUACUUGAAUCUUAUGCAUGUUGACAUAGCAUCAUAUAUUUUGUUACAAUAAAUGGCAUUUAUACUAUGAAA